GUGUUGAUAAUUUGUGCAGAUACCUAACAUCAAUAAGUCUAAUGAUGAUUUUGGGUUUCAAAGUUCUGCUGAUCCUAACAUCAGUUGCAAACACUCCGAUAAAUUGUGCAACUUGUCACUUCUAUCUGGAUGAAGAUUUGGGCUAUGGUUGCGAAAUGUUUGAUGUUAAUGUCACUGAAAAGAAUCAACCUUUUGAAAUUUCUCGAGAACAUCUUCCUGGUUAUUCUGAUUGCGACGUCAAUUGGCUGAAUGUCACCGAUUCUGGAAUAAUGAAUUUUAUUCCGACUGCCAUUUAUGGAACGUUCAGAAAUAUUUUUGAUUUAGUGGUUUUUAGUGGAGUUCAAUUGAAUGAAAUUAAUCGAGAAUCAUUUCAAUAUGGAUUCACCAGCACUAUAAAGUUAGACAGAAAUUUGAUCAAGAAAAUUCCGUCACGAGCCUUCAUUGAUUGUUUGUAUCUUUUUUAUCUAAAUUUAAGCAAUAAUCUCAUCGACACUCUUGAAGACUCUGCUUUUUAUAGCAACAGAUUUCUACGACAUUUGAUACUUUCCAAUAAUUUAUUGACAACAAUACCGGAAACUGCAUUCGUUAACUUAAAAUCUCUGACACAUCUUUAUCUUGAUAACAACCGACUAGAUUAUCUACCAGAAAAUGUUUUCUCAACGUUAAGAGCUUUGCAUGUUCUUAACUUAGAUAACAAUUUCCUUGCAUCAAUUCCAUUAAGAUUACUGAAAGACACAUUCAUAGAUAAACUUUAUCUGAACAAUAAUCAGCUUGAAAGAUUAGAUUUAGGAGGUGAUGUAGAUAUAGAUGGAUUUUGGUUACAUGAACUAUACGUUAAUAAUAAUAGAAUUACUACUCUGCAAGAGAGUUUAUUCAGAAGAGCUACAUGGGUGACAAUAUUCGAAGCUGGAUGGAAUAAUAUCAGCACAAUUCAUCCAAAUGCUUUUAAUCAAAACUCUAAAAGUUCAAAACUGGCACACAUUGGAUUAUCGCAUAACAAUUUGACAGAAAUAAUUCCUGGGACUUUUCAUGGGCUGUUAGAUCUUCGCAGGGUGGAGUUAAAUUCUAAUCGAAUUUCAACAUUGACUAAUGAUGACUUCGUCUCAUGCCCACCAUGCUUUGGACCUGACAUUCUCGACCUUUCUGAUAAUGAACUGAAAAUUAUUCGUUCGCAAUUUUUUGUCAACAUGCCUCGUUUAGGGACUUUGAAUUUAUCAUCGAACAAAAUAUCAGCAAUCGAUCGACAUUCACUUGAAAUAUUGACAAAUAUGACAAAUUUAUUUUUAGCAGAUAAUUCAUGUGCUUCAACAAACUUUAAAGGGAUAACAGAAGAAAACAUUACUGAAAUUAAAGAAUCACUAGAGGAAUGUUUCAAAAAUUAUGAUGAACUACCACCAAGUGGAUCUUUUCUAAAUAAAUCGUCGUUUGCUUCGUUAAGAAUUUCUGCACUUUUGAUUUUAAUCAACAAGUUAAAUUUUAUGAAUGUAUGA